AUGACCGCCGACGCUAGUACAACAAACGAGCCCGAGCCCUCAGCUCUCCAAACCCUCCUCACAUCCACCUCCUCCGCAUCCUCGCACCCACAGCACCUGACCAACCUCGCCGUCCAGAUUGCCCACAACCUCGAGCAUCAGCAUUUAUGGACCGACUUGCGGAUCCACAAUACCUCUCCUAUCGACUCAACUCCUCUGCCGCGGCCUAUGGUCAGUGGUAUGCCACCACAACGACUGUACAUCCACCCAGACGAGCAGAUUGCGCUGCUGCAAACCCAAAAGGCGCAAGGCAAGACUGGACUGGGUGAGGUCAAGGCAGAGCGCGAGUGGGUGUUGCCAAGUCACUUGCGCGAAAAAUGGACCCUCAGACGCUUUGCAGAGGUGUUUGAGAAGGUUGGCAUUAUGCCUCCAUCAAAUGAGGAUGACGACGAGGAUCAAGAAGAGGAAGAGCAGCAAACAAACAAGUGGAGGACUAAGAAGAGGGUUGUGCUGGCUACAGUGGACGACGACAGCACGAUUGUCUACUACAUUGUUCAUGACGGGAUUGUCAAACCUCGCCAGAACUGA